UUGUGAAUUAAAUCCUACUACUGCUCUUUUUGGUUCAGCCGAUCUUGCCAAUCGCAAAACUUAAAUUGACUCCAACGGCUCUUUUCGAUAUCAUCCCUCCCCUUCAAAAAUCUGCGCAUCUGGAAAUUCAAUAACAGCAACCAGCCACGCUCAUGGACUCAACAGUCUCGACCCCGCUUUCUCAUCCACCUGAACCCAGAAAUCGAACAAAAUCGUCUUCAAGGCGCUCUAAAUUUCGUCGAGUCGAUGUUGCUGCUGAAAUAUCCCCUUCCGUCCCAAACCAAGAGUCAUUAUCAGAGAAUCUUGAAAUGGGUGAUAAUUGUGCAGAACCAGUUGUUGCGGUUCGCAGGGGACGCAGGAGCAAGAAUAUUUCUUCGGUUUGUGCUUCUCCGAGGAACGCCAGAAGACCCAGAAAGCGAUUAGAUCAGGAAAUGGUGAGAGACGAAAAAGAUUCUGAGGUAGGAGAUGAGGUGAUUAUUAAGCCUAGAAAGAAGAGGCAAAUUGCCAGAUUAAAGAAAGAUAAGAUUGCCUUGGUUCCUUCCGUGCCUUCCCCAAGAGAAGAAGAAGGGGUUAAUCUGGACAGGUAUGGGAAGCUAAUAAGUGAUGUUUUGAUGUGGAGAGAUGUUGCAAAAUCAAGUCUUUGGUUUGGUUUUGGGUCACUCUGCUUCUUAUCUUCCUGUUUUGCAAGUGGAAUUAACUUUAGCAUUUUCUCUGCUAUGUCUCAAAUGGGACUUCUCUUUCUGGCUGUGUCAUUCAUCUUGAAUACUCUCCGGCCAAGAGAAAUUGUUGAAACUAGGACUGAAAUGAAGCUGAAGGAAGAUGACAUUUUGAGAAUGGGUAAAUUCAUUCUCCCAGCAGUAAAUCUUGCAAUUUCAAAAACAGGAGAUGUGUUUUCUGGAGAGCCAGCCAUGACCCUUAAAGUGGUGCCAUUCCUGAUGGUUGGAGCUGAAUAUGGACAUCUCCUAACUCUAUGGAGGCUUUGUGCACUUGGGUUUUUCGUUAGCUUCACUGCUCCAAGAUUCUAUUCAUCUUACUCUACCCAAAUACGUAGAAAAGGAGAGUGCAUUAGAUGUUGGGUGAUGGAGGCCUGGUGUGCUUGCUCACACAAGAAGAUCAUAGCACUAUCAGUAUUUUCAGCCUUUUGGAACCUCACAACUGCCCGCACCCGCAUUUUUGCAGCAUUCAUAUGCCUUGCGAUGAUCAGAUACUAUACAAUUCAUUC